AUGCGGGUGCGGCAGGUGUUUCUUGCGUUGGUCCUCGUGCUGUGCUGGGCGUGCGGCAGCGGGCGUGAAGCCAGCAGCAAGAUUUGCCUCCGGGUGCACAACUACAACUGGCUGCGGCGACUGAAGCAGAUGCUGAGGGCAAUGCCGAUGGUGGCGACGGAAGUGAACGGCGGGUCCACUGUAAAGACUGAAGAAAAUCACAAUAAGGGAGGGGCUAACGCCGACAAUCGACGUGGCGAGAACGGCGGUAAGGUCCGUGACUGCACUCCAACCCUGAGCAAAAGUGAACGAGCUUCCGGCCGUAAAGGUGACCAGGAAGCACACAAAAGUUCAAGCCAACGGCCUGACCGCGCGAAAGCACCACCUGUGGUGGGCAGUGGUGGGAACCCGGAUGUGAGUGCCAACCGUCAUACCGCAGGGCAAUUGGGUGGUGAAUGCGAUCUACCUGAAAAGAAGGCGGAGCCCCUUCCCGCCGAGUCCGCCGCUCGCAACACUGAGAGCACCGCUCCGAAGACUUCUGCUGCCAACGUGCCACCGAAAAAGGAUGCGGCUGCGGGCGCAAUGAUUGCGGCUGUCAGUGCGGCACCGCUGCUUCUGGGAGCAAUCGCCCACAUUCUCAUCUGGUGA